GGUUCAGAAAGAUGUGGGUGUUUGGUUACGGGUCCCUCAUCUGGAAAGUGGACUUCCCCUACCAGGACAAGCUGGUUGGUUACAUCACGAACUACAGCCGGCACUUCCGGCAAGGCAGCAGUGACCACCGCGGGCUUCCCGGCAAGCCUGGAAGAGUUGUGACUCUCGUUGAAGAUCGGGGCAGUGUAUGGGGUGUUGCUUACAAACUACCGGUAGGAAAAGAAGAGGAAGUAAAAACAUACCUUGACUUCAGAGAGAAAGGAGGCUACAGAACUACAACAGUCAUUUUUCAGCCAAAAGAUCCCACAAGAAAACCAUUCAGUGUUUUGCUCUACAUUGGAACGUGUGACAAUCCUAACUACCUUGGUCCUGCACCUCUGGAAGACAUUGCUGAGCAGAUUUUUAAUGCAGCUGGCCCAAGUGGAAGAAACACAGAAUAUCUUUUUGAAUUUGCAGAUUCUACUAGGAAACUUGUGCCAGAAGAUGCAGAUGAGCAUCUCUUCUCUUUGGAAAAGUUAGUAAAGGGACGUUUAGAAGGAAAAUAG